AUGUUUACACCCAUAAUGCCAGCUGUAAAAACUGGGUGCUUCCUUUUUUUGGGUGUUCUUUAUCCUGGAGACAGGAAAAGGCUUUUCCAGAUGAUUAAUGAUGUACCAACUGUAUUUGAAGUUGUGACAGGACCUGUUCAGCAGGCAAAGGACCAAGCUACUGCUCCCAAUAACAAUGGCAAGAACAAAUCUAGUGGAAGAAUGGUAAGUUCUAUUCUAUAUAACCUUGUCUUCAAACUUUAUACAUAUGAAAAGGAGAACCUCUGUCUCUACGGGCUUCCAAAUGAGACAUGGGAAGUCAACUUGCCUGCUGAGGAGGUGCCUCCUGAACUUCCCGAACCAGCCCUGGGAAUAAACUUUGCUAGAGAUGGGAUGCAAGAAAAGGACUGGUUAUCACUUGUUGCAGUUCACAGUGACUCCUGGCUGCUUUCUGUUGCAUUUUACUUUGGUGCGCGCUUUGGGUUUGGCAAGAGUGAAAGGAAAAGGCUUUUCCAGAUGAUUAAUGAUGUACCAACUGUAUUUGAAGUUGUGACAGGACCUGUUAAGCAGGCAAAGGACCAAGCUACUGCUCCCAAUAACAAUGGCAAGAACAAAUCUAGUGUAAGAAUGCAAUCUCGGCAAUCUGAACCCCAGCACAAGGCAGUGAAGAUGCCUGUACCCAAAGAAGAGGAUGACAGUGGGGAGGAGGAAGAAGAUGAUGAACAGGGAGCAACACUGUGUGGAGCUUGUGGGGAUAACUAUGGUAAUGAUGAAUUCUGGAUUUGUUGUGAUAUCUGUGAGAGAUGGUUCCAUGGGAAGUGCGUGAAGAUUACACCUGCAAAAGCGGAGCAUAUCAAGCAGUACAAGUGCCCUAGUUGCAGUAGCAAGAGGGUUAAAGUUUAA